AUGUCUUCAUUACGUAUCUUAAUUCUUUAUAUAAUUUUGACAAUUAAAAUUAUUGAUAAUAAAAAUAUUUAUUUUACACAAUCAACUUAUGAUAUAUGGUGUCAAGAAAAUAUUCUAUCGAAUUCAUUAUUUCUUUAUCCAAAUCGAAUACGAGCAGGUAUUUAUCAUACAUCGAAUAUAAAAUCUGUUGUAUAUCAUCUUAUUGAUGAUGAUGAUAAUAAUAAUAAUGGUUUAUUUCAUGUUAAAACAAAACAUUUAGCAGAUUUUUAUUUUUUUAUUCUUAAUAUAACACGACCAUUUGAUAUUAAUCGAGAAUAUCAAAAUAUUUAUAUACUUCAUAUUCAAGCUAAUAUUAUUACAACAGAUGGAAAUUGGACUGAACAAGCAAAAAUUAACCUUCAUGUUGCUGAUUCAAAUGAUAAUGAUGGAGUAUUUGAUAUGGAUAUAUAUGAAAAAAAUUUCACUGAACCUAUUGAAGUUCAACAAUCAUUGAUACGUUUUCAUGCUGGUGAUGCUGAUGAAAUUCAAUAUGCACAUAUUCUAUAUGAAUUAUCAUCAACAUUUAAUGAUACAUUUUCACUUCAUCCAUAUACAGGAGAAUUAUAUUUAAUAUCUAAUAAUAAUUUACAAACAACUUAUGAAUUUGAUAUUUAUGCAUAUGAUCGUCAUCGAAAAUAUAUUAUUAAUAAUAAUAUAAAAACCAAAGCACGUGUUAAAUUAAAUUUUCAAGAAAAUAAAAUAUUUCAUCAAAUAAAAACAAUAUUUAAUGAAACAAUUCAAUUUAAACAAAUAAUUUCUAUUUAUAAAAUUUUAUUUUUAAAAAAUUCCAAUUGGAAUUUUCUUAAUAAUCAUCAACCAAUAUUAAUUAUUAAAAUAUUUCCUUUUAUAUCUUUUUAUGAAAUAUUUCUUUUAAAUAAUUCAUCAUUAAAUUCAAUAGAUUUAUUUAUUAAUCAAAAUAAAAUUUAUUUAAAUAAAUUUUAUUAUCAAGAAUAUAAUCUUCAAUUUCUUAUUUGUUUUUUUAAUCGUACAAAAUGUCAAUAUACAAAUUAUAAUUUUAAUAUUUCAAUUAAUUGGAAUUUAUUUCAAUUUUAUUUUAAAACAAUUCAACCAAUUUCUAUUGAAGAAAAUUUACCUAUAAAUUCAUUUAUAACAUAUAUUCAACUUCAAUAUAAUAAUAAUAAUAAUAUUAUUAUUUCUAAUCAACAAUUAAUUAUCAAUUAUAAAUUAUUAAAUUAUCAUAUGCAAUUUAAUCUUCAUCCAAAAACUGGUGUAUUACGUCUUGGUAAAUAUAUAAAAUAUCAAAAAUAUGUUUUAGAUAUUCAAGCUGAUAUUUAUUUAUUUAAUAAAAAUUAUUCAAUAAAAACAAAUAUUGAAAUAAAUAUUUAUGAAAUUAAUAAAUAUCGACCUAGUUUUGAUAAUCAAACAUUAAUAGAAUUAUAUGAAUUACCAUAUCAAUUUCAAGUAUUGGAUUAUGAUGAUAAUAAACAAACAAAUGGAUAUAUUACAUAUUGUUUAUUGAAUUGUUUUAAUAAUUGUCCAUUUGAAAUUCAUCCAAUUAAUGGAAUAUUAAAUUUAAAAAAUCAAGAAAAUUUUAUUAAAGAUCAAAUAUAUCAUUUACAAAUAAUAGCAUUUGAUUGGGGUGAUCCUAUAAGUUUUGAAACAAAAAUUGAUAUACAAAUUAAUUUAUCAUCAAAAUUAAUUGAACAAAAUUUCACAAGAAAAAAAUCAAAUGUAAAAAUAUCGAGAAAUCAAUCAAUAUCAUCAUUAUUAAUGAUACCAGAACAAAGAUAUUCUUCGGCACUAUCUUCAAAUACGAAUACUAUUUCUCUUAAUAUUGGUUUUAAUCGAAAUUCAACAUCUUAUCAUGUUUCUGAAGAUUCUGAAAUAAAUACAAUUAUUGAUCGUUUAAAAAUCGAUUAUGAUACUUUUCCUUUAUUUAUUAAUAAUGAAAAAGAUAAUCUUUUUUUCUAUAUAAUUAAUGAUACAUCAGUACCAUUUAUAAUUGAUCAAAAUGAAAAAAUAAUUAAAUUAAUAUUACCUCUUGAUCGUGAAAAACAAGAUCGAUAUAUUUUCGAAAUUGAAUUAAAAUUAAAACCUACAUAUGCAAUAAAAUUACAAGAAAUAUAUACGGAUUUUCAAGAGAAAAAUUCAUUAUUUUCUUUUCAAUAUUCAAAUAAAUAUUAUCAAAAAAUAUUAAUAACAAUUUAUAUUGAUGAUAUUAAUGAUAAUAUUCCAAUAUGUAAUUAUUUUCAUAAACAUAUUUAUUUAAAUGAAAAUCAAAUACAAACAAAUAUUUUUCAUGUUCAAGGAUUUGAUCCUGAUCAAGGUGAAAAUGGUACAAUAUUUUAUUCAUUACUUGAUUAUAAUCAAUAUUUUACAAUUAAUUCCUAUAGUGGACAAAUUGAUUCUAUUCGACCAAUUGAUCGUGAACAAAUAUCUUUUCUUCUAUUACAUAUCAUUGCUUCUGAUCAAGGUCAACAACUACAAUUACAAUCAAUUUGUAUGACAUUACAUAUUACAAUAGUUGAUAUCAAUGAUAAUAUUCCUCAAUUUUCAUUAGCAAAUUAUACUUAUCAUAUUUUUUCAGAUUUACCACGUGAUACAAUAUUUGGUCAAAUUUAUGCAAUUGAUUUAGAUUCAAAAGAUAAUCUAAUUUAUUCUAUUGAUUUAAAUCCAUAUAUUAAAAUAAAUCGAUAUACUGGUCAUCUUCGAUUAAAAUAUAAUCUAUAUAAUAUAAUUGAUCAAAAUAUAAAUAUUACAGUUAAAGUAUCCGAUGGUUUACAUAUAAAUUCUACAUGGAUUUAUAUUUAUGUAAUACGUUUUAUAGAAAUACAAGAACCAAUUCUUUUACGUGAACCAGCUUAUAAUAUAACAAUAAAUCAAUCUACACCAAUUGGAGCAAUUAUUACAAAUGUUUAUCAUCAUUUACAACUUUUAGAAUCAUCUAUUGAUUUUAUUGAUAUAAUUCAUGAAGAAAAUACAAUACCAUUUUCUAUUGAUCAACAAGAAUUUUGUUUAGGUUCUAUUCAUAUUAUUAAUUCAUUAACUGAUUUAUCUAAUCCAUCUUAUUGGCUUUCGAUUCGUUUAACACGUUAUCGUGCUCAUCCACCACAUUCAUUUGUUUAUAUUCAUAUAUCAGUUCGAGAAGAAAAUUUCUAUUUACCACAAUGUAUAGAUAUUUAUCAAAAUAUAAAAAUUUAUGAUUAUUCAAUACAAUCAACAUUUGCUUAUAUUCAAGCAUUAUCAUUUUAUGAUAAUAUUCAUCUUCAAUAUUCAAUAAUAAAUAAUGGUUUAAAUGAAAAAAUAUUUUCUAUUAAUAAACAAACAGGUUCUAUUCAAUUAUUAUUAUCAUCAUCAUCAUCAUCAAAUCAAAAUAAUCAUUUAUCAAUAUCUAAUUAUUUAUUAACAAUACAAGCUUUAGAUAAUCAACAUCAAUUAUCUGUUAAUUGUUAUUUAGAAGUUAAUCUUAUUCGACGACAACAAUUAAUACCUAAAUUUUUAUAUUCAUCAACAUAUAAUAUUGAUUUAAUAGAAAUUUCAUCUUAUAAUAAACAAUUAAGACAACGUUUAUUUCAAGUUAUUGCUUUAUUAGAUCAUGAAAUCUAUGAUAAAAAUAUUGAAAUACGUUAUCAAAUUAUUGAUUCUAAUCAAUAUUUUAUUAUUAAUCGUCGAACUGGUUAUAUAGCUUCAAAACAAUUAUUAUAUUCUAAUAGAACAUAUGAAUUUAAUGUUGAAGCAUUUACUGUUGCUUAUCGUGAUGAUAUUGAACAAGAUGAAAAUAUUCAUCAUAAACAUUCAACUCGUAGUAAAUGGCGUAUUAUUUCAUCUCGAGUUAUUCUACCAAUAAAAAUUCGUAUUCUACCAAUAAAUAUCAUUGAUUCUUCAUCAUUAUUAUUGAUUAAUGAAUCAAUAAUUAAUAUUGAUUUAUUAACAACAACAAAAGUUGGUUCUAUUCUACGACAACUUAGAAUAAAUAAUAAUAAUUAUACACAAUGGUUUAUUAUGAUAGGUCAUAUUGAUCAUACACGUUAUUUUCAUGUAAAUUUUCAAUCUGGUGAACUUAUUCUUAUUCGUCCUAUUGAUGAAUUAAUUAAUAAAACAACAAUAAUUGAACUUCGUAUUAAUAUAACUAAUGAUUGGAUUCAUAUGAAUACAAUUAAAGUUAUUAUUCAUAUUAUAAAUGAUAAACGUUCAUUAAUUUAUUUUUCUCAAUUAGAUAAUUAUAUAUCUGUAUCAAAAGAUAUUCCAAUUGGUACAAAAAUAAAACGUUUAACUAUUGAAAAUUCAUUUAAUAAUUGUACAUAUAAUAUUCAUUCAGUUGAAAGAAUUCAAUCAAAAGAUUUAUUUCAUAUUGAUUCAUAUUCAGGUACAAUAACAAAUAUUCAAUUAUUAGAAAAAUUUAUGAAUAAAAAACAUUUAUUAACAAUUAUUUAUCGUUGUGAAAAUAUUUCUCAAAUAGCUUAUACACGUUUACAUAUUAAAAUUCUUGAUAAAGAAAAAUCAAACAAUCAAAUAAAUAAUUCAUAUCGAUUUACACAAGAUAAUUAUUUAGUUAUAUUUGAAACAUCAUUAAUAAAUAAUCAAAAAAAAUAUUUAAUUGAUCUAGAAUUAAUAAAUAAUAAUGAUCAUGAUGGAAAAAAAAUUAAACCAGAUGCUCAAAUUAUUGAAGGUGAUCCAUUAGGUUUAUUUUCUAUUGAUUCAUCUAAUCAAUCUUUACUUCUUCUCGAUGAAUCUCGUUCUCGUUCAUAUGUUUAUCCAAUUGAAUUACUUAUUAUUGAUACAUCACAAAUAAGACCUAUAUAUUGUAUUGUGACUAUAUUUAUAUCAAAUAUUGGUAUACAAUUUACUUGUCCAUUUUAUUUAAAUGCUUCUCCAUAUCUUUUUACAUAUAAAUCUACACCUACACAUAGUAUUGAUCCAUUAACUGGUCAACAAUAUGAUCAUUAUGAUUCUUUGACUAUUUAUGGAUUUGAUUCAUUUAUGUCUUCGAAUAUUGCUAAAUGUUUUAUGAAUUCUGAUAUAAAAUAUUCUAAUGAAAUAAUUGAAUUUAUAUUUGAAAAAGAAUUUUAUAAUGGUUAUGUUAAUAAUUCACUUAAUUCUAUAUCAUUUGUAUAUGAAAAUGAAGAACCAAUUCAUUUAUUAAUAAAAAAUCGAAAUCAAUAUUUAAAUUCAUUUAAUAUAACUUAUCAAUUAAUUAAUCAAACAAAUAUAAAUUCAUUUGAAUUAGAUCAAUAUGCUGGAAUAAUAAAAUAUAUUGGAAAAAAAAAUUCAUUUAUUAAAUAUUCACUUCUUAUUCUUGCUAAAUAUGAAACUUUAAUUACAUUUACACGUUUAAAUAUUAUUAUUAAUGAUGAUUAUAAACAAUUAUUUUAUAAAUUUAUAUUAUAUAAACCAUUUGUUAAUAAUUAUACAAUUGGAUAUUUAAAUGAAAUAAAUUUAAAUAUGAAAAUUUUAAAUAGAAAAAUUUCAUCAAUGUUUUCUAUUGAUAAUAAUGGAAGAUUAUUUAUUAAAAAUCAAACAUUAAUUUUAAUAAAUGGAAAUUUUUAUAAUUUUAUUAUUGGAAAAUUUCGUAUUCAAAUUAAUAUUCUAUCAAAAGAAAUAAUACAAUGUUCAUUAAAUAGAUUUAAUUUUUCAAUAGAAAAUCAAUUAAUUGGAUUUAUUAAAAUUUUAAAUAUUAAUAAAAAUUAUUCAAAUAAACGAUCAUUUUAUCUCUUAAAUUAUAAUCAUUUAUUUAUACUUGAACGUAAACAUGGUUAUUUACGUUAUCGUUAUCAAAAUCAAUCGAUUAUGAAUAAUUUAAUACUCUUAAUUGAAAUUGAUAAUUCACGUUGUUUAAUUACAUUAGAUGAAUUUUCAUCAAUACCUUAUAUGAUGAUUAGAAAGGAAAAUAAUUCAGAUAUGGAUAUUGAUAAAUUAAUAGAUAAUAAAAAGCCGUCGGAUCAAGUUCAACUUCGCAAUGGGAUACUAAUCAAUUUUGAUAUUAUUCCAAGUCGAGCUCCUAUAUUUUCUCAAAAAUCAUAUACAUUUUCACUUGAUAUUACUAAUAAUAGAAAUAAAACAAUAUUUGUCUGUCAAAUAUCUGCUCAACCAUAUAAUAUAAAUCGAAGUCAUCUUGUUUAUGAAUUUCUUUCAUCAACAAAAAAUUUUAUUAUUAAUCCUGAUAAUGGUAUUAUUGAAUAUAUUUCAAAUAAAUAUUAUAAUAAAAUAAUAGAAUAUUAUCAAAUUAUAGCUCGUGAUUUAAUUUAUCAAAAAAAUACAACAAUUAAUAUAACAAUUCAUAUAUAUAAAUCAGAAUUAAUUUCAUUUACUUCUCAAAUUUAUUAUCAAACAAUAUCAGAAAUUCUUCUACCUGGUUCUAUAGUAUUUCAAUUAAAUAUUUCUAAUACAGAAAAUCUUCAAUAUUCAUUACAAGAUUAUAAUUCUGAUCUUUUUACAAUCGAUUCAAAUACUGGACAAGUAACUCUUAUUAAUUAUUUAACUGAUCAAUUUUAUUCAUUUAAAAUUCAUAUUUCUCCAAUAAAUAAAAUAUUUAUUAUUAAAUUAAAUAUUCUUGAUUAUAAUAAUCAUCAUCCAAUAUUUUUUAAUCUUCCAUUAAAUUUAACAAUAUCAUCUGAUGAUAUAUUUGUAACAAAAUUAUUUGCAUAUGAUCUUGAUUUCUAUGAUAAUGAAAAUCUUAAAUAUUAUCUUAUUGAUAAAGAUCAACAAAAAUUUUUUUCAAUCAAUGAAAAAACUGGAAUAAUUAUACAAAAAAUAUUUUCUAAUCAAACUUUUUCUCAAUUAAAAAUUGCUGUUAGUGAUGGUUUAUAUUUAACAAUAAAUUAUCUACCAAUAACUAUUUAUGAUUAUUCAAAACAUUCACCAAAAUUUUCUUCUAAUGAAUAUUUAUUUCAAUAUAAUAAAAUUCUUGGACAAAUUUCAGCUUAUGAUUUAGAUCCAAAUGAUCGAAUUAUUUAUAAACUUUAUCUUGAACCAGAUGGAAUUAUAAUUGAUUCAUAUUCAGGUAUAAUUACAAUUCAUAGAGAUAUUUUUCCUCAAAAAAUUGAAUUUUUUGCAUCAGCAUCUGAUUAUGCACAACAAAUUAUUUAUACAAAAAUUCAAAUUAUAUUUCCUAUUCAACCAAAAUUUAAAUCAAAUUUAUAUUUUAUUUAUUUAAAUUCAACAAUAAAAAUUCCAUCAGAAAUUUUCCAAUUUGAACUUGUUGAUUCAUUAAAUCAACAAUUAUUAUUAACAAAAUUUAAAAUUGAUGAAACAAAAUUUUUUGAAAUUAAACAAAAUAAAUUAAUUUUAAAAAAACAAUUAUAUUCAUUAAAAAUUUCUUAUUUUAAUAUAUAUGGUUAUUGGAAAAAUUAUACAUGUCAAUCAAUAAUACAAAUAAUGUAUAUUGAAAAAAUUUUUAAAUUAAAUAAACAAUUUUAUGAAUAUAAAAUUGAUAAAAUUCUUUUAAAAGAAAAUUUUUUUAUUACAAAAUUUAAAAUAAAAAAAAUUUUAAUUUUAAUUAUUAAUUCAACACCAUUAACAAGAAAUAAUUGUAUUGAAAAUUUUUAUUUUAAACAAAAUAAAUUAUUUUUUAAAAAUUAUCCUAUAUUAUCUGAUCUAUGUUUUUUUGAAAUACAAUUAUUAAAUGAAAAAAAUUUAAUAUCAUCAAGUCAAAUUAAAAUUUUAUUUAUUAAUUCAUCAAAUAUUCAACCAAAAUUUUCAUCGAAAAUUUAUUAUUUCUAUACAAAUAAUAUUCGUGUUUUUGCUAAAUGUUCAAAUACUAUUCGAUAUAAAUUACAAACAAAUUCAUAUGGUUUAUUUAUUAAUCAAACAAAUGGCAUUAUAUCAUUUAAUUAUGAUUUAGAUAGAAUGAAAAAAUUUUAUCAAAUUCAAUUAUUAGUUUAUGCAAUUGAUGAAAAGACAUAUUUAAAUGAUACAGCAUUAAUUUAUAUUAUAUUUAAUAAACAAAAACAAUUUGAUAUACCAAUAGAAAUUUCACUAUGUCCAAAUACACCAAUAUCAAUUUCUGAUCGAACUUUAUCUGGUACAAUCAUUCAAAAUAUCGAUUACAAUAACAACAAUUCAAGUCAUUAUUAUAUUCUAUCUGGAAAUAAAUAUAAUCUAUUUUCUAUAAAUAAUCUUGGUCAACUCUAUUUAAUUUCAUCAAUGCUCAACAGAACAUCUGAGGAAUAUUUUGAAUUAGUUAUUAUGAUAUCAUCAUCAUUAUCAUCAUCAAUAUCCUAUUGUCGUACUAAUAUAUCAAUAAUUCGAUCACCAAAUUGGUCUUAUUUUAUUUGUCCAAUAAUGCCAAUUGAAUGGAUGAUUGAAGAAGAAUCUCCAAUUGGUACAAAAAU